ACAGUGACGGAGGUCGAGAGAAAUGGGGAAGCAGAAGAAAGGGCAACAAGCAGAAGCAGAACUUCUAAGCACCCUCGAGGAUUUCACCAGCAAAGAAAAUUGGGACAAAUUCUUCAGUAUCAGAGGCACCGACGACUCAUUCGAAUGGUACGCCGAGUGGCCUCAGCUCCGCGACGUCCUUCUUACACAGCUUUCCGAACUACCACAAGUCAAUGGAGAAACAUCGGAGGUUCAGAUUCUUGUACCUGGUUGCGGCAAUUCUCGGCUUUCUGAACAACUAUACGAUGCCGGAUUCCGUUAUAUCACCAAUAUUGAUUUUUCUAAAGUUGUGAUUGGGGAUAUGUUGAGGCGGAACGUGCGUUCUCGUCCUGGUAUGCGGUGGAGGGUCAUGGAUAUGACUAGUAUGCAGUUUGCAGAUAAGUUAUUUGACGCCAUUCUUGAUAAGGGAGGAUUAGAUGCUCUAAUGGAGCCUGAGCUCGGCCCAAUGCUAGGGAAUCAAUAUGUAUCAGAGGUAAAAAGAGUUCUGAAAGAAGGGGGCAAAUUUAUUUGUCUAACCCUUGGAGAAUCUCAUGUUUUAGGGAUGCUCUUCCCCAAAUUCCGGUACGGAUGGAAGAUCAGUAUUCAUGUACUGCCUCAGAAACCAUCUAAAAGAUCAAGUUUAAGAACUUAUAUGGUGGUUGCUGAGAAAGCAAGUCCCACUACCAUACAGACAAUAUCAACGUCUUUUGAUCAUGAUACACUUGAUAGUGGUGAUCAGGCUCGUGGAAUAUUCGAAGCACUUGAAGCAGAGAACAAAAUUCGAACAAAGUGCUCCAGUGAUAAUGAUAUACUAUACUCACUUGAAGACCUGAAAAUAGGAGUCAAAGGUGAUCUAUCAGAGCUUAGCCCGGGUCGUUGGGUACAGCUCACUUUAGGUGAACCUGGACAGUCCCGCUUCUGCUACAAAACUGUACUUCUAGAUGCUCAGCAAAAUGCUGAUGAGUUCUUAUAUCAUUGUGGGGUUUUUCUUGUACCCAAGACUCGGGCUCAUGAAUGGCUCUUCUCUUCAGAAGAAGGACAAUGGAUGGUUGUUGAGAGUUCAAAGUCCGCGCGACUGAUAAUGGUUUUCCUAGAUGCCAGCCAUACUGGUGCCAGCAGUGAGGAUAUACAGAAGGAUCUUUCUCCGCUUGUUAAACAACUGGCACCUGCUAAAAUUGAGGAUGCAGCUCAAAUUCCAUUCAUGGCAGCAAGUGAUGGGAUCAAGCAGCGAAAAGUUGUUCACCAGGUCACAUCUGCGCUGACUGGUCCAAUAAUUGUUGAUGAUGUGGUAUACGAAAAAGUUGAUGGCGAACUUGGUCAUCUAUCCCUCUCCAAGGACCUUGUAUUUCGCCGCUUAACUUUUGAAAGAUCAGAAGGCUUGAUACAGUCUGAAGCUUUGCUAACAAGUGAAGGAUCUCAAAAAACUGUAUGUGAAAAAGGAAAUAAGAAAUCCCAUUCUUCUUCUAAAACAAAGAAAAAAGGAAGCCAGAAAAAAACCGAUUCUCACGUGUCACUAGUAGAUGAUGCAAGCAACUAUCUGAAUGUUGAUCAUGGCUACUUAGCAAGUUCUUAUCAUUCUGGGAUAAUAUCUGGAUUUAUGUUGAUCUCUUCGUACCUGGAAAGAGUGGCAUCAUCUGGAAGAACAGUUAGGGCAGUGGUAAUUGGUCUUGGUGCUGGGCUACUUCCCAUGUUUCUCCAUGAAUGCAUUCCAUUUCUCCAUGUUGAGGCGGCAGAGUUAGAUCCAGUAGUUGUGGAACUUGCUCGGGACUAUUUUGGUUUCAGAGAAGAUGAACGUUUAAAGGUACAUGUCACUGACGGAGUCAAAUUUGUGGGAGAUGUUGCCAMCACUACAGUAGCUGGUGCAGUUCCUAAUGCUGAUGAGAGUGAUGCCGAACUUAAAACGGAAGGUGUAGGCGUUGACAAAUUGGACAUUCUCAUAGUAGAUGUCGACUCUCCAGACUCGAGCUCUGGAAUGACCUGUCCUGCUGCAGACUUUAUUGAAGAGUCUUUUCUUAACACUGUUAAAAUUUCCCUGUCCAAGGAAGGUCUCUUCGUUAUUAACCUGGUAUCGCGUUCGUCAGCAAUCAAGGAAAUGGUUGUAUCAAGAAUGAAAAGGGUAUUCAACAAACUCUUCUACCUUCAGCUUGAAGAGGAUGUGAAUGAAGUUAUAUUUGCCCUUAACUCGGAUGACCCAACUGAUUUUUGUUCAACCGAGGCUUAUAAUCAACUCCAGAAACUAUCAAAUGUCAAACACCCAGAAAUGAACCAAAACAUAAUUGAUUCUGCAAAAAAGAUUAAACCUCUGCAUGGUUGAUGGAUGCUGCUGCUACUACUCUGUUUUAUGAGAUCUUGUCAGCCAUCAAACCCAAUGUUGGCGCUUUUGCGGAUCACGACUACGCCAUUUGUCAAGUAUUUGUGUCAUCUGCAACACUUUCAGCUUUGUAUACAAAUUGUUUUGAUAGUGAGCGAUUGUAAAAUACUAAAAAAAUCCUUGCUUUUUUCAUCCCAGAAACUGUAUGCCUGUUUGAGUCAUUUCUUGUA